CACUCAAAACAAAGGAGGAGCCCCCGCCGCAGAGGAAGCAGGAAGCCGUCCCACUCCGGCUGGCCGGGCGCACGCCGCGGGGAUGGAGUCCGUGGCCCUGUACAGCUUCCAGGCCACGGAGAGCGAUGAGCUGGCCUUCAGCAAGGGAGACACGCUCAAGAUCUUAAACAUGGAGGAUGACCAGAACUGGUACAAGGCCGAGCUCCGGGGGGCAGAGGGCUUCGUUCCCAAGAACUACAUCCGUGUCAAGCCCCACCCGUGGUACUCGGGCCGGAUCUCCCGGCAGCUGGCUGAAGAGAUCCUGACGCAGAGGGGCCAGCUGGGCGCCUUCCUGAUCCGGGAGAGCGAGAGCUCCCCGGGGGAGUUCUCCGUGUCUGUGAACUAUGGGGACCAGGUGCAGCACUUUAAGGUGCUGCGUGAAGCCUCGGGAAAGUACUUCCUGUGGGAAGAGAAGUUCAACUCCCUGAACGAGCUGGUCGACUUCUACCGCACCACCACCAUCGCCAAGAGGCGGCAGAUCUUCCUGCGGGACCAGGAGCCCAUGCUCAAGCCGCCGCGGACCUGCUUCGCCCAGGCCCAGUUUGACUUCUCGGCCCAGGACCCUUCCCAGCUCAGCUUCCGCCGCGGCGACAUCCUCGAGGUCCUGGAGCGGCCGGACCCCCACUGGUGGCGGGGCCGCGCGGGCGGGCACGAGGGCUUCUUCCCGCGCAGCUACGUGCAGCCGGUGCAUCUGUGACAUCCCGCCCCAGCCUCGCGGGCCCCGCACGGCCUCGGACUGAACGGGGGUCCCUCC